AUGAGAGCUGCUGUUAGAUCCAAAUUCACAAACAAUCUGUUCUACACUACGUUCGCUGUUGCAUUCGUCACUGUUGCUGGUAGUUCAGUUAUGCCAUGUCCAGCUCAUUCUAUAAAUAAUGAAGAUGAAAAAUCAUACAAUCAAGUUGAACAUCAAGAUUCAAAGAAAAUAAUACAGAAUUAA